GUUGGUUGAGACAGUAAAUAAUUGAUAUAACAACAGAAAAGGGUUGUAGGUUGAGAAUUGAAAGACAUCAACCGAGAGAAAUGGGUGCGAGGCAAAGAGCAGUAACAGCGCUUCCAAACCUCAUACGCUCUCUCCGUAACGAACAACCUCUUAAACUCAAACCUCACAAUCUCAAUUCCUUGCCCUCUCUCCGACGCGCUUUCUCUUUAUACGAUCAGAUCAACCUCAUCGACAAUGUCCCCGAAGACCAACUCCGAUUUCAAGGGUAUAAUGAUACUGGGUUUACUGUUAAUGGAGUUGAAUAUGAAGGAAGCUUGCUCUGUGUUGGUAAUUUGAUCAUGUCUUGGAAACCUAACAAGUUUUCAGAUAUCACUGCUGAUAGCUUGUCACUCUUUCGAAUUGUCCGUCCUAUUCCAGAAAUUCUAAUUGUUGGCUGUGGAAGGAACAUUCAUCCUGUUGAUCCUGAACUUAGACGGUUUGUUCGGUCUACUGGCAUGAAGUUAGAAGCUGUUGACUCGAGAAACGCGGCAUCAACUUACAAUAUACUGAAUGAAGAAGGUCGUAUUGUGGCCGCUGCGCUUCUUCCAUACGGAGUUACUUCAUGAAGCUUGGACUAUAUUCAUAGUAGGCUACCCUUUGUUCCUAAAAUGCUCGCAUUUGUUGGCACUAAGAUCUUGCGUAAUUCCGUCAGAAAUGCUUUGAUUUUCUAUGUAGAAGGUUUUGACAUAUCAAGAGGAAACUGAGUUAAGCACAGGUGACUGUAUUGAUGUUUUCAAAUGUUAUAAUAAAUAUGAUAAUUAUAAUGUAUAGAACUGCUGCUCUCACUAAUCCCAGCAAAGUUGGCUUUUCUAGUUGAUGGCUGUUAGGUUUUAAUGUUAUUUCAUUUCGUUAGAGUUGUGAAGAAAAUUCUAUAUUUCUUCUAUUGUUAUAUUUUUAUCAGGUAUUAUUGCUACCGAACUUUCUCCCUCUCCUCGAGGGGAAUCCUGAUACUGAGUUGAGUUGUUAAACAAUUAAUUAACAAUAUAUUUUUGGAGUUCAUGAAUA